UUCAGUUCAAACAUGCUGUUAUUUUGAUGAGUCUGUAUAAUGUGUUAUUGAGAAAUAAUUAGCAAUCUCGGCUAAAUAAAGUUUAACCAAACCACUUUUAAUGCAGUAAUGCUUCCCUCAGCGGCGGUUUUUCACUUCCCCUGGGAAAUCAAUUCAGAUCUGGUAAAAGAUGGAGCCUCUAUAAGGACAUUUGGCAGACUUACAGAUUAUCUACCAGAGGAGUCCAAAGCCAUUCUUACAUCCAAUCAUGCAUCGGUGCAGUACCAGGUGUCGAUCCAGACCUCCUUUGUUGAGCCAUUUGAUUCAAUAAUUGGGGCUCAAUACACUGUACUUGGAGAGAUUGAAAAGUCAGAGGGCCACGGUGAAGCCAUUGUGCGUGCAAGGGUCUUUAAUUGUGUGGACGGUGUCGAUGUCGCGCUGCUACAGAAGGCCAUAAAGGAACAGAGGACAUUUUUUAGGGAACGAAAUGAUGAAGGUGGUGCACAGUAACACAGAAGCAUAUCUCACAGUAGGGAAGAUCAGACUGUGUCUUGAUAAUGACAUUGUUAAAAUAUAAUUAUUAGCAUUUCCAUUAGACACAUUAAGGUUGUAUAAAAUCAUAAAAUGCUCAUGCAUAAGAAAUUAUUAAUGGUAACAAAUAAUAUUUUGAAAAUGUCAAUUAAUCCUUAAGCAUCUUUGGUGUGAUAUUAGAACAAAUAUUUAGUGCUGAUAUGAUAAUGACUUGAUGAAACUUAUGCAAAAUAAAAAUAAAUAAUAAAUGAAAGUGGUAACCUUGAAAGUAAUGACUUUAGGUGUAAUUCUAGAUUUAACUUAAGGAGUUAAGUCACUAUGACACCAACUUCCUAAACUGGGAUAUGUGAAGAAAAGUAUUUCACUGUGUUUUAAUGUAUAUGCGACAAAUAAAGGUUUCUUCUUAUUUAUCCAGCUAAAACGAUACUGGGUCAGGUAUAAAUCCUGUAUAAAAAUGUCUUAUGUACAGUUGUGUAAAAGUCACAUUUUCCAGUUUGUGUGUAUUGUUUGUAUGCAUAUAUGUAAAAUCAAUAAAACUGUAUAUCAUUAGAAUCAUAA